GGAAGGCAGUGCUCAGAGUAAGCGAUAGCGAUGGCGAGUAAGGAUGCGAUUCAUCCAGCAGCAGCAACAUCACCAAGACCAGGUGAUUCUUACGUUCCAGGGGACUCCACCGCUGCUUUGCCAGGCACCGGGAGCUACUUCAGGCGUUUCCAGAUGAGAACGAUCACUGGAAACAUCUCCGAGGAUCACCUGGACAAAGUUACGAUCAACCUGGCUGUGUAUGGAGCUGGCUUGGUACUCGUUGGCCUGGUGGCUAUCGUCUUCCCCCUGAGCUUCACGCUGGCUAUCGGCAAGUUGAUCUCUUGGCUGCUCGUGUUUGGCGGUGCUAUGGCUCUCAUCCAGUUCUUCUUCAUGUGUGGAGCACCUGGGACUAGCUCUUUCUUGUUGCUGGGAGCUCUCUAUAUGAUCGUCGGGCUACUGAUGGUCAUCCAUCCUCUACGCAGCGGCACCUUGCUCAUCGUCGUCAUGGCUAUGUGGUUUCUUCUUCAUGGGGUGUUCAAGGCUGUGAUGGCCUCCCAGGUCCGGAACUUCGCGACUUGGCCGACUUUGAUGGGAAGUGGUGUUAUAUCCGUGGUACUAGCAUUUUUAGUGCUACUCCUGGCACCGCGCUUGGGCCUGGUAACGCUUGCUGUCGUAUUUGGUAUGGAUUUGCUUCUAUCAGGGGUUUCAAUGCUGCUCCUCUCGUGCGUAGCUUUCUUCGGUACGUUCUUAUUAAAAUUCUGGUGGAUUUUCUACUCGACGCUGAUAACUUUCUUGCUCUUUCGAUGUCAGGCAAGAGGUCCAUUAGUGUUCCUCCGGCCUCUGCCGUGGGUGCCAGGGAGCCAUUAAUGUCCGGCAUGAGCCAUGCAGCGGCGUCGGCUUAAAAAGAUAUACCAGUCCAGUCUGUGAAAUCGAGUCGUUUUCUUGAAUGUAAUUGCUUGGAAAUAUAUGUUGUA